GGUGUACACGUCGGUGUGCGGGUAGGUAGUUAUCCAAUUGACAGUGCCCCCGUCUGACAUAGUUCAGUCGACGCCGAGCUCAGGAUGAUCCGACCGCGUCUCUGGCAACAGUGACGAUUCUCCGUGUGCGUCGAGUCUGCGUCCACGCUGUCUUAGUUAACCCCCCCAAGUUAAUCCCCUAUUUCGCGUAGAAUCGAAAACUGGGAUCGUAAAGAGGGAAUCUCGAGAAAAGGAUCGAUCGCGAUGCCGGGUCCUGGCAGACGGGUUUCAAUGGCCGCGUUUCGGGAGCGGGUCGCCGGUCCAGUGAGAACGAACCCGGUCAAGGUUGACCGUUGUCAGUGAACUGGUUCUUUUUCUGGUUGACAAUAGACCGCCGCGCGGGAAAGACUAAGUUCUAACGGGCUAACGGGGCUGAGAGAGAGUCCUCCGGCUGGCUAGGCGAAGAGAUCCCCCAGACGCUAAGGGAGAUAUGCUAGCGGGCCGAGGCGAGUGACAUGGCAGCCGAUCUCUACGCGAAUGGAUCCGUGAAGUCAACGUCCGGCAGCAGAAUCGCGGGCGGCAUGAGGCAACGCAAGGCCGGGACGCUUGGCGCCGCGGCGCCUAUAUCCACGCAAGAGGAGCGGCUCAAGUUCCAAGACAACAGGUUCUUGACGACUUUGGUACUCGGCAGAAAUAGGAAAAUCUUGCCGGACGUAUUGCCUUCCUGUUCGCCAGGAAUAUUCCGUCAACGAUCCUUCCGCGCGGCGACGCCGCCGCCGAAGAGCGCCGCCGCGAACUCGGACACCGCCACCACCAUCAGCGCGACUACCACCACCGCGUCGUCGAACAGCCACGAGCGCGCAGGCGCCAACACGAACGGUCCACGUGAGCCGAAAACACCGAAUAAUAGCGGCCGUUCGAAGAGCGGCGUGUUACUGCUAGCGCGGGGCGCCCGGGGUGCUAGCAAGCACACGCGCCUUGGCACGGCACUGGCGAACAAAAUGGCGUCCUCGAGCUCCACCACGGUCGUGCAGGGCUGGCCGAAUACCAAGGACGACUACGAGCUCAAAGAGGUUAUUGGCGUGGGCGCAACUGCAGUGGUGCAUGCCGCAUUUUGCAUUCCCCGGCAGGAGAAAUGUGCGAUAAAAAGAAUAAAUUUGGAAAAAUGGAACACAAGCAUGGACGAGUUGCUGAAAGAAAUUCAGGCAAUGUCCUCGUGCAACCACGAGAACGUGGUCACAUAUUACACAUCAUUCGUCGUAAAGGAAGAGCUGUGGCUCGUCCUCAGGUUGCUAGAGGGUGGAUCCCUUUUGGACAUUAUCAAACACAAGACGAGAACCACAAAUUGCAAGCACGGGGUGUUCGAUGAAGCUACGAUAGCGACAGUGUUGCGGGAAGUGCUCAAAGGGCUCGAAUANUUUUAACAACAGAAUAAUAUUAGGGACAUAAAAGCCGGUAAUAUCCUACUAGGAGAAGAUGGCACGGUACAGAUAGCUGACUUUGGGGUCAGUGCUUGGCUCGCGACAGGUCGUGACCUGAGUAGACAGAAAGUCAGGCACACAUUUGUAGGGACACCGUGCUGGAUGGCACCAGAGGUCAUGGAGCAGGACCACGGAUACGAUUUCAAGGCGGACAUCUGGUCGCUGGGCAUCACGGCGAUCGAAAUGGCCAGUGGGACGGCGCCGUAUCACAAGUAUCCUCCCAUGAAGGUGCUGAUGCUCACGUUGCAGAACGACCCACCUACCUUGGACACGGCGGCAGACGAGAAGGAUCAGUACAAGGCGUACGGCAAGACAUUCCGUAAGAUGAUCGUGGACUGCCUGCAAAAGGACCCUACGAAGAGACCGACAGCAACGGAGUUGCUGAAGCACCCGUUCUUCAAGAAGGCGAAGGACAAGAAGUAUCUGCAACAGACCCUGGUAGCGAUUGGCCCAAGUCUCGAGACACGGGUGCAGAAAGCGUCGAAGAGGCAGCCAGGUACUUCAGGCCGGUUGCACAGAACAGUGACCGGUGAGUGGGUCUGGUCCUCGGAAGAAGAAGAGAGCGGAGCGUCCAGCGGUGAUGAAGGCAAAGAAGCUUUGCCAGUGAACACGAUCGAGAACCCUAGCAGCGAGGAGGAGCCCGAGGAAGAAGACUACGGGAUUGUGAAGCUAGCGCCUAGUCAGCUCGUCGUGCAGAGCGCCGAGCAAAAUGUUCCCAUAAACUUGGUGUUGAGAUUACGAAACCAGAAGCGAGAGCUUAACGACAUUCGGUUCGAGUUCGCUGUUGGUGUGGAUUCCGCUGAGGGGAUUGCAGCCGAAUUGGUCGGUGCAGGCUUGGUCGAUGGCAAGGAUAUCGUUGUAAUAGCUGCUAAUUUGCAAAAAUUAAUAGACAGCGCUGGACAGUUACGGACAGUGACGUUUUCACUGAACUCUGGCCACGCGGCCAACGAGGUGCCAGACGACAAAGCGUUAAUAGGAUUUGCUCAGAUCUCGAUCACCGAUUAGACCGCGCUUGCUACGUGUGUUCUGAAGUUCCGGGAUAAAACCGUUCUUCAACCACCGUUCCGAGAAUGGGAAGUACCAAAAGCUUGUUCGGUUCUUUCGACCACUUGGGGAACAGCGGGACAGGACACCGGGAUAAAAGGAGGAUUCGCUGCACACACACCCUCUACGCCGCACUAUUUUAUACAGCUUUUGCUACUUUCACUUCUUCCGAAUUGUAAUCGAAGCGCGACAGGACAGUUAGGUGCAGGGAGGGCGUUAGGCAUACAGAUUAGCUUGUAAAGUGUAUUCAGAGCGUGGGGACAGUUCUUUUAGAAGCAACAGCGACAAAAUACGAAUUCAUCUAUAGUGAGAGGACAAGUUGGAGCAGCCCUAUUGCUACGAGAGAAACCAACAUGUCUGAAUGGACAAUGGGAUGGCCAUUUUUUAACCGGAAUGUGACUUCAGAGUAAUCAAGAUAUUGACUUCAGAGCGCUGACUAGAAGACACUUUAUACAUACAUAGGUUUUAGAAAUUCUUAUCGAAUGGCUAGUGAACAAGGUUGCAGAUCCAGUUCUUGACAUUGUACAAAGAACAUGGGUCUUUUUAUUCUUGGAGUUCCCCGUAAGAGAGCAAUCGUAGCAACAGGGUUGAACGGAAUUUUUAAUCCCUGAAACACAGUUAUGGUUUCGCGCAUGGAACUUAUGCUUUUGUGCACAGACAAAGAGCCAGGUACACACACGCAGGUAUAGGGAAAUGGAGGAAAAUGGGGAUACGUGGAGUGACAGUUUUUAACUGUACCGGUUAGUUUCCACUUGCUCUAAUCAUUAAUGGCUGUAGUUCCAUAUAUUCUGAACCUAUAUCACUCAUACUACAUUGAUAACUGUAAAUAUUAGUAAUCGAGUCGUUUGUUAAGUUUACCACUGUAUAAGACACACAGACACACGCGUGCAUACACGCAUACACACGUACACACACGCAUACAUAGAACACAAGGCAGGGCCGAUUUCAAAUAAAUAAGCGAGAGUUGGAAGAAAACCGAAACUCCUCAGAAGGUGCUUGCGAAAACAUCUGACUUACUUAUUUGAAAUACGCCAGACAUGCAAUUCUUUGUACGGCUAAGGAUCAUAGUUAACGCGUAAAAAGGAAGAAACGAAAACGAACACGCUGAACAAACAUGUUUUAAACGCAUCGUGUACUAAAGCAGUCACCAGUUUUCCUGUAUUAUAUAUUAUAGAAAUUGUUAGCGUAUUUCCGUAUGCUUGAACGCUACAGGAUCCGUAGAACACGCAAAAGUACUAAUGGAACGUGUUUUGUACUUAAUUAAAUAGUGUUAAAAUACGAUUAAUAGCGAGCGGGUUUGCGGGGGAGAAUUUUCCAACGCGCCUUGGAAAAUCUGUAGAAACUGGCCGCGCGAACGCUUUUCGAAAAUCCUAUCGACCCUUCGCAAUUUUACCUUCGAUCGUCGUCGUCUUCGUCGUCGUCAUCGUAGUCGUCGUCGUUUCUUUUGUGCCCUUUGCAUUCGACGUGAUUAUAUUUGUACAGCAAUCGAUAAAAAAAAAGCGAAAAAAAAGAAACAGAAAGAAUAUUAUAAACCUCGAAUGAACCGAAUGUUUCGUCCGUGAAACAUCGCUGGAUGCAAAGGUUUACGAGGUCGCCGUUGAAUUAUGGGGAAUCAAUGUUUGGUGUGCGAUGGACGGUGAAAUUUCUGCGAAGGGUCGUCGACCGCAGCGAACAUCGGAAACACAUGAAACGAUCAAUAUCUGGCUGGAAAGGCUACGAACUUAAUUGUCAUUCGGAAUCUUGCGAAAUUCGGGGGUGAAUUCGGGGACUCUGCGCGCAACGAGUAAAUUAUUGUAAUUAGAUUUAUCGCCAGUGGAUGUUCAUUCCGAUGUUAAUCGACGUACGCGUAACACGACGAAACAAACGGAAAACACCGUUUUCCUUUUCAUUCUCGAGAUGUUACGGAUCGAUAACAUGGAAACAAAUGAAUCUGUUUGAUUUGAAUAUUUAUUGCUUGAAGGGGGUUUAACGUGAAUAA